AUGGAUGAUUUUGAAAAAAGACGUAUUGAGUCCUAUUUAGAAGAAACUGACCAAAUUAUUGAAGUUUGGGGAGGUGAAUCUAGUGGUGACGAAAAUGUCGUUGAAAAUGAUAAUCGGUCUGACCAUGAUACCGACUCGGAACAAUCUGUCUAUGAUUUAGAAUACGAUCAUGAACGUGAUGAAAUAAUGGUAAACGAGAAGGACUUCGACAACAGUUAUAAUGAAUUAGAUGAUGAUGUCCCUUUGAGUAUGAGAGUUCAAUAUUUCGUUGGUAAAGAUGGUACCAAAUGGUUUCGUAAGAAACCUACUCAAAAUAUUCGCACUAUUCAACAAAAUUUAGUAACUGAAAAAUCCGGCGUAAAAGGUGUGGCCAAAAAUGCGAAAUCAGAAAUAGAAUCUUGGGAAAUAUUUUUUUCCAAUCCAAUAAUUGAAACAAUUGUAAAAUGUACAAAUAUAUAUAUCGCUAAAGUCCGUUCUAACUUUGCUCGAGAUCGCGAUGCCUUGGAUACCAACAAUCGUGAAAUAAAAGCACUAAUCGGUUGCUUGUACAUUAUAGGAGCUAUCAAAGGUGGACAUCGAAGUACAUUAGAUUUGUGGAAAACUGACGGACUCGGAGCUGAAUUGUUACCAUGUGUGAUGUCCGAAAAGCGUUUUCAAUUUUUACUAAGAUGUAUUCGUUUUGAUGAUAUUCGUGGUAGAGAUGAAAGAACUAAGGUGGAUAAAAUAACACACAUAAGGUGGGUAUUUGAACAUUUUGUUGAUAAUUGUAAGAACGCAUAUUCAGUUCCGGAAUAUAUAACAAUCGAUGAAAAACUACAAGCUUUUCGAGGCCGCUGUAGUUUUAAAAUGUAUAUUCCUAACAAACCAGCGAAAUAUGGUAUUAAAAUUUUUGCUGUAUGUGAUGCCAUAAAUUUCUAUACAAGUAACUUGGAGAUAUACGCUGGAGUUCAGCCAGAUGGUCCAUUCAAACUUGAUAACUCAGCAUCAAGUGUAGUGAAACGGUUAGUACAACCAAUUAGAAAUACUGGACGCAAUAUUACAACUGAUAAUUGGUUCACUAGUGUACCACUUGCAAUUGACCUAUUCAAUAAUUACAAACUUACUCUUGUAGGAACAAUUCGAAAAAACAAACGACAGCUUAAAAUUGAAUUUACAUCUACAAAAAGUCGUCCUAUUUACACGUCUUAUUUUGGUUUUAGUGAAGAUAAAGUUACAAUCGUUUCAUAUACCCCUAAAAAAAAUAAAAUUGUUUUGCUAUUGUCUACUAUGCAUCAUAGCUCAACGAUUGAUGAAAGUACAAAAGAAAUGAAAAAACCAGAAAUAAUCACUUUUUAUAACUGCACCAAAGGUGCAGUAGACACCAUGGACAAAAAAACCGAGAAUUAUACAGUUGCCCGAAAAAGUUUAAAUAAUAAUAAUAAUUGUAUAAUGUUAAUUAUCGUACUAUUUUUCAAAACAAAACGAACAUUCAUAUUGUUAUUAUCAUUAUCAUAA